AUGGACGGUGGACACAGCCUCAGGAUGGACGUUACUGUACGAGAGCUCAUGGAGCUCUUUCUGCAGAGCACGCUGGUGGCGGGGGUGACCCGCCACCAGGAGACCCUGUUUAACUUGCAGAGGUUGGAGGUCCCAGACAUGGCCCUGGAGGAGCUGGAGUCUCUCUCCAGCAACAUGACCUGUCGCCUCAGGAGGCUCUUAAUUGAGCAAGACAGUUACAGGGAGCUGGUCGUGACCCUGACCCAGGAGUGGAACACCAGCAGCCGCCCCAGCGAGGACACGCAGCCCCUGGCCGUGGAGCUGGCGGACACCAAGGCCACACUGCGCGGCGUCAGGCAGGAGCUGGAGGAGAAGACGAAGCAGCUGGCGGACGCCAGGCAUCAGUUGUACCAGCUGGUGCUGGAGCUGCAGGAGGCCCGGCGCAAUAACAUGGAGUUGGCAGCCAGCGCCCAGGCUGCCCGUGCCCCCCUCCCUGAGCUGGACUCCCUGAGGGAGAAGGCGAGGCACGUGGAGAGGCUGGAGAUGGAAGCGAUGGGCCUCAGGCAGAAGGAGAAAGACAUAGACUUCUAUGCAGCCCCAUGGAAGUGAGCCCAGCAGGACGAUUAUUUUUCCAUGGACACUGAGAGCCAUCUCCAGGACCAUUGGAUUUGGUAUUGGAUUGAUAAGCUAUUCGAGCGGGAGGAGGAGAAUGUGCAGCUGAAAUCUAGGCUGCACCACCUACAAUUGGCCCGGGACACAGACCAGAAAUGCCUUGAGGAGCUGCGGGAAGAGAUCAUGGCCCUCAAGACUGCACAAGGGCAGAGUGUGGAGGAGUCCGCCCACCUGCACUGGGAGCUGGAGCAGCUGUCCCAGUGCCAGGAGCUUCCAGAUGACAGCACGCUGAUGCCCAGGGGGGUCUUCGAUCUGUCGGGGGAGGAGUGGAAGCUCGGGAUGCAGGAGGUGUCCCCAGUGGUCACUCGCCUCCAUGAUAGUUGUACCCGGGGCAUGGUUUCCUCCGUUGAUUUCAUCAUCGGACAGAUGGCCUCCAGCUGCUUCCUGAAGCUGGACAAGGAGAAGCAGAGCCUCCAUGACACCGUCCAGGGGCUGCGCCACGCCUCCCUGGCCCUGCAGGAGAGCAGCCUCCAGCGCCAGGAGCUGGAGAAGGAGAACCAGCAGCUCAGAAAGCAGAUUGAAGACUGGCAAGUCCAGAUGGAAAGAGAAAAGCAGACCAGCCGGGAUCUGGCGACUCUCUGUGAGGAGCUGGUGGAGGAGAGAGAACAGCUGCUCCGUGACAUCGAGACCCUGAAGGCUGAGGAAGCCCAGGAGGCCUACACUUUAGGUCUCCAAUUUGGACCGAAAUCACGCCUGUGUCAUUUCCAUUGUGUUUUCCUGCAGUUCAAGGAUCUUAAACAACUGGUGCGUUCACUGCGGGAUAGUUCACAGACCAGCAGCAAGGCCCGCAUGAAGGGCCAGAAGACUGAGAAAAAAGUGCUCCUCCAGACGGUGACGGACACCAAAAGGAAAGUGACCAUGAUGGAGUGGGAGCGGCGGCAGCUGUGCCGGGACCUGGAGCAGGUGAAGGCGCAGGCGGCGCAGGCACAGGAGCUGGAGCACAGGAAGGAGCUGCAUCGCCUGCAGGAGGAGAUCGAGAAGCUGGCCAUGGAGGUCAGCGCCCUGAUGACAGCCCCCGAGAGGGUCCACGCCCUCGAGCGGGAGAGCCCGGACCUGUUGCUGGAGAACCAGAGGCUGCAGACGUCUCUGGACACCCUGCAGCCCGAGGACCUGGAGCAGGACAAGCAGCUGGACACCAGGGUGGAAAAUUCCACUCUGAGCUCCCAGAGCGCCUCGCUCACUGCGCUCACAGAGCAGAACACGCAGCUCCAGCACCAGCAGCUGGCGGCAGCCCACAAGGCCCUGCAGCAGGAACACGCGUGCCUGGGCACGCUCCACGAGCACCUGACUAGGGAGCACGAGGCCCUUCUGGACAAGUACCGCCGCCAGAAGACACUGCUGAGUCGGACCCUGAAGCUGGAGAGCAAGGCUCUCAGUGACAGAUACAAGGACCAGCUCCAACAUAAGGCGGCGCUGGAGCAGCUGGGGACGCUCUUGACCACCGAGCGGGAGGCUCUGCAGCAGGAGCAGAGGACAAGCACCAUGGCCUCCGAGGAGAACCAGAGGCUGCAGCGAGAGCUGGACAGGGCCAAUUCCCUGCACCAGCAGCUGAAAGGGGAGCAGGAGGAGCUGCAGACCCACACUAAGAAGCUGCAGACCUCCCUGAACGACACCCAGCUGCAGGUGAACCGCUGGCAGAACCAGUGCAACUGGCUGAGGGAGGAGCUCCAGAGCACGGACAUCUCGCUGACCGAGCUGGACAACCGCUGCCAGCUGGUCUCCCGCCUCAAGGGCAACUUGGAGGGAGAAAACCGUCACCUGCAGAGCCAAAUCCAAAGGCUGAAAGAGCAGAACCAGAGGCUUCUCCAGGAGGACGUGGAGGACAAGGACCAGCACCAGGAGGAGCAGCAGCUGUACGUAGACAAAUUCAAUGCCUUACAGAGACAAAAUGAAAAACUGGAAGAAAAAAGCAUGGCUCAGCACAAGUUCCAUGAUCCAGCGCCAAAGAAGAAAAAGCACUGGAUUGGAGCCAAAGUCUUAGUCAAACUCAUCAAACUAAAGAAAGGGGGAUCCAGAGAACGACCAAAGUCAACCCCACAGAGGCCUCCCUGGCCGCUGGGGUCCUCAGACCAGGCUUCGCCCAGUACUUCUCAGCCUCUUCAAUCGCAGCUGGAACCCCUCGAGGCCACCCCAUGCUGCUCAAAGGAGCGCCAGGGCCCGGCUGAGACAGCAAAGGCCGAGGGCAAGCGGUGUCCUCAGAAGCGCGAGCGCCACGCUGAGAAGGCAGCGGCCAAGGGCAAGCUGGCCAUGGCAGAAAAGCACCUUGAGGCGGACGCCGCAGCGGGCCUGGCCCAGGUCUGCACCAAAUUCCGCCGCAUCCUGCACAUCGACAACAUCUGGAGAAGGCGUUGCCGGGAGGAGGUUGGCGUUUGUGAAACUUUGCAGAAUCUGGGGGCAGUAGGUACCUCUUACCAAGAAGUCUAUGCCAAGCUGUUCCAGCCAUACAGACACAUUUUGGGUUUGUGGGGGCGAGAUAUUGAGCUCUAUAAAACACUGCUGUAUGUAGCGGUGGACGGCUUAGGCAUUACUGGUUGGACUUACAGGCCUUGUCUUAACACCCAUGUGGACGGCCCAAUGCAAUUCAAGCCCGCGUUCCGAAUCUGCCUGAAGGAGCGGAAAUCAGCCAAGGUGGAGUGCAUGGAAGGCCGCCACCAUAGGCCCCACCGCCGCCACCUGCAGAUUCGGAAGGAUAGGCUCACCAGCCAGUGCAAGAAGAGAGACCACCCAAGGGAUUGA